AUGCAAGAGUUGAUAUCGUUUCUCAUAUCUAUCUAUCUAUCUAUCUAUCUAUCUAUCUAUCUAUCUAUCUACCAAUCUAUUUUAGUAGAUGUCUAUCUAGCUAUCUUUUGUUUAUAUCUAUCUAAGUGCAUCAAUAGCAGUCUGUUCAUAUCUAUCUAUCUAUCUAUCUAUCUAUCUCUCUAUCUAUCUAUCUAUCUAUCUAUCUAUCUAUCUAAGUUCAUCAGUAGCAGUCUUUUCAUAUCUAUCUAUCUGUCUGUCUUUGUAAGUGCACCUGUAUCAGUCUAUCUAUAUCUAUCUAAAUGCAUCUGUGUCAAUCUAUUCCUAUCUAUCUAUCUAUCUAUCUAUCUAUCUAUCUAUCUAUCUAUCUGUCUUAGCAGUCUCUUCAUCUAUCUAUCUAUCUAUCUAUCUAUCUAUCUAUCUAUCUAUCUGCAUCUGUACCUUUUUGCUCAUAUAUCUAUCUAUAAUUACAUCCUCUUUUGUAUUUUCCUUUUGUUUGUUUGUUUGUUUCAUUCUUUUCUCCUUUCUUUCUUUUCUCCUUUCUUUCUUUCCUCCUUUCUUUCUUUUCUCCUUUCUUUCUUUCCUCCUUUCUUUCUUUUCUCCUUUCUUUCUUUCCUCCUUUCUUUCUUUCUUGCAUUUUUCUUUUAUGUUUUUUCUUUUUAUCACAUAAUUUAUUUGUUUCCUUUUUUCAUUCUUUCUUUCUUUCUUUUUAAAUUUCUUUCUUGCUUGCUUGCUUUCAUUCCUCCUUUCUUUCUUUCUUUCUUUCUUUCUUUCUUUCUUUCUUUCUUUACUUCUUUCUUAUUUUCUUUCUUUCUUUACUUCUUUCUUAUUUUCUUUCUUUCUAAAUUUCUUUCUUUCUAA